CCAUUGCAUACACCCGAAUCGACCCACCUCGAGCACCUAAGCUUUCGAUCGAGCAUGUCGUCGCAGCGGAUGGGGCGUCACCAGCGGAGGGCGUCGCAGAGCGUGUUCGCCCUCCCGGAGAACUUCGCCGCCCUCGACGACGUGCCGGCGUCCGACGAGCACCGGAAGGCGUCGGCGGACGGCGGCGCGGGCGAGCAGCAGCAGGGUGGCCGGCCCGCGGCGGGGCGCCACCGGCGGGCCAUGUCCAUGGCCGUCAACUCCUCCAGGGACCUCGAGAUGAUCAAGGAGGACGGAGGCGGCUACAACUACAACAAGAUCGGCGCCUAAGUUAGCUAGUACUCCUGCCACGCGGCGCGCACGGCCGGCAUACACCAGCCACGUGCGUGCU